CUGAGUCACUGCGGAAUCAAACCAGCGGCCACCUGUUGAACCGCCGCAGACUCACGGACCAGAACGCGCACCAACGGAGACAAGUUCUGCGGGCAAUUGUUGUCUUUUAGACUUUAAACUCAAAAUAACUAAGAAAAUUUACCGUCCGUUAAGGCUUCAUCUACAGAUUUGAGCGGCUUCCCAUUCGGCCUCACACGUCCAAGAUGAAAACAAUUGUUCGCCUGCUCAUUUUCUUUCUGAGUGUUUCUGGCAUCUGUGUUUUUUUGGGAGAAGUCUCCCGAUACGUUCCGCCUCAGGAACAAAGAUCCUGUGCUUGUGACCGAUGUCUAUUUGAAAAUGAUACGUUGGCCAUUGAGGGUUUGAGGAAGUUUCCACAACCACUUUUAUCCAGGAACUACAGUCUACCAGAAGAGGAUUACAACUGGUGGAAGCGCCUACAGCCUGAAGGACGUAACAUCAGUGACUACAGAAAAAACAUGGAAAGGGUUUUUCAGCUGAUCCCAGACAACCCUCCUCUUGAAGCAUCCAGCCCCGGCCGCUGCAGGACUUGUGCUGUGGUGGGAAACUCUCGUAAUUUGUUAAAAUCGCAUUACGGACUUUUCAUCGAUUUUCAGGACUACGUCAUAAGAAUUAACAGGGGUCAUUCCAAAGGCUUUGAAUCCGAUGUCGGGAACAGAACAACUCAUCAUGUCAUGUACCUGGAGAGUGCUUCUCAGAUAGAUAACACCACUCAUCCGGUGCUGUUUACCUUUAAGAUACGAGAUCUUGAAUGGAUUACGAGGGUCCUCAGCACACAACCUUCUGGAAAAAAAUCCUUAUUCAACAAGGAUUUGGCGAUGGUCGUUAACCCAGCUUUUAUGAGGAAUAUUCAUCAAGUGUGGCUGCAAAAGAAGGGCGCCUAUCCCUCCACCGGCUUCAUGGCUUUGGUUCUUGCCCUGCACAUUUGUGACGAGGUCCAUGUGUUUGGUUUUGGAGCAGACAGUGAUGGAAACUGGAGUCAUUACUGGGAAAAAGUCCCCAACAAAAAAAUAAAAACUGGAGGACAUCCUGGAAAUGUUGAGUAUGAAAUGAUCGAGGAGCUGGCAAGGCAUCAAGUACUCAAAUUCUAUACAGGGUGGUAAUGUUCGUUUCAGCAUUUCACC